AUGGGAAGCUCCUCCUCCUCCCUCGUCGAUGAGGCGGAGGGCGACGCUGCGCCCCGGGGUGCAGCUCUGCCCCCCUCCCCCAUCAUGGGAUGCCUGAGGAGCAGCCAAAGCACAUUCCUCCCUCGGCAGCUCCCCAGACCGGGCAGGCACAGAGAGCGCAGCUUCUCCUCUGGCUCGAUGCCCAUGCAGAGAAGCCAGUGGGCAUGUGGCUGCUGCACUUUCCUCAAUGCAGCCGCUGCCCCCCGCUGCUCCAUCUGCGAAGCCCCUCGGAAGAGACCCGACGCCCAAUGGAUGUGGCCCGGGACUGGCAGAGAGGACGCCGGUUGGUCGUGCCCCCGCUGCACGCUGGCGAACUCCACCGACAGCCAGGCCUGCUCUCUCUGCGGCUAUGCCAGGGACUCCUCGGAGCCCCAGCCCCGGCCUCAGCGCUCCAGCAGCUGCUCGGGCCCCCUGAGGACGUCCUGGAUGGAGCAGUGCAGGCAGCAGAGCAGGAAGCAGCCUGGAGAUGCGGACAGAAGCAGCCUGGUGUGGGAGUGUUCGAGGUGUACGCUCCAGAACACGCCCACCUCCAUGUCCUGCUCUGCCUGCGGCGGGCCCCGCAAACUGUCUCUCCCUCAGAUCCCGGCCGAGGCCCUCCUCAUGCCCGACGCCUGUGAGGAACCCGGAGCACGGCGGCCAGAACCUGCAGCGGCGGCGCUCUCGCUGUCCAUAUCCACCGGAGGAGAAUGUUUACCUGUAGAAGCUUCACAUCCAAACACCAACUCCUUAGUGCUGACGGCGUCCCCUGCUGGCCACAAUAAUCCAGUCCCCUGCAGCCGCAGAGAGGUGCCCCCUGCAGGUGGCUUCAGCCAGACUCUUAACACACCUUCUCCUUCCACACUCGCUGUGUUACAUCCCUCCACCCAGCCGGAGCUGCUGGCCGGCAGGAGGCUCAGCAUCCUCAGUGAGGAGAUGUCCCCGCUGUCGCCCGCGUCAGACGCCUCUGCGUCGUUUCCGCUCGCCGUCUCCAGGACAGAGGAGUGGGCGUGUCCGGCGUGCACGCUCAUCAACCAGGUGGAAGCCAAACACUGCCAGGCCUGCCACACCCCUCAGCAGCUGAAAGCAGCGCUGUUCCCGCAGCGGAAGGAGAGCCGGCUGGUGGAGGCGCUGCGACAGAGCGACGAAGGAGAGGCCAAAGAGCUGUGGGAGAACAUCGUGAGCUUCUGCAGAGAGAACAUGGUGACAUUUGUGGAUGACAGUUUUCCUCCUGGUCCAAAGUCCCUGGGCUUCCCGUUGGACGAUAGCGUCCAGCAUCGAGUCAAGAAGUGGCUUCGUCCGCAGGAAAUCAGCUGCGCUAACUUCAGAGACCGCGGCUUGAAGUGGACAGUUUUCCGCACGCCACGCCCGUCCGACAUCCUGCAAGGACUUCUGGGUAACUGCUGGUUCCUGAGUGCCUUGGCUGUUCUGGCUGAGCGGCCCGAGCUGGUGGAGAAGGUGAUGGUGACCCGCUCGCUGUGCGCAGAGGGAGCCUAUCAGGUGCGUCUGUGCAAAGACGGCUCAUGGACGACGGUGCUGGUGGACGACAUGCUGCCGUGUGACGAGAACGGCCACCUCCUCUUCUCUCAGGCCCAGAGGAAGCAGCUCUGGGUGGCUCUGAUAGAAAAAGCUCUGGCCAAGCUUCACGGUUCCUACUUUGCUUUGCAAGCCGGCCGCGCUAUCGAGGGCCUCUCCACACUCACCGGGGCCCCCUGCGAGUCGCUGGCCCUCCAGCUCAGCGCCACCAACCCCAAAGAGGAACCCAUUGAUACGGACCUGAUCUGGGCCAAAAUGCUGAGCUCCAAAGAGGCUGGAUUCCUGAUGGGGGCGUCCUGUGGAGGGGGGAACAUGAAGGUGGACGACACGGAGUACGAGUCUCUGGGUUUACGUCCACGACAUGCGUACUCCGUCCUCGAUGUGCGGGAUGUAGACGGACACAGAUUACUGCAGCUGAGGAACCCGUGGGGUCGCUUCUCCUGGACCGGAGCCUGGGCGGACGACUGGCCGGACUGGCCUCCGCACCUGAAGAGGGAGCUGUGUGCCCAGAGAGCCGAGGACGGCCUGUUCUGGAUGGACUUCUGGGAUUUCAUCAGGUACUUUGACUCCGUGGAUAUCUGUAAGAUCCACUCAGACUGGCAGGAGGUUCGAGUCCCCGGCGUAUUCCCCCGAGGAGCCGACGUCCCCGUGUCGGUGAUGUCGAUCACGGUGCUGGAGAGGACGGCCGUGGAGCUGGCUUUAUUCCAGCAGGGCAGCAGGCGCUGGGACACGGCGGAGAGCCACCUGCUGGAUCUGUGCGUGCUGGUGUUUCGGGUGGCGUACGACGGCGCCGGCGCGCCCACGCUGGGACGCCUGCUGGCGCACAGCCGCCGCUCGGUCAGGAGGUUUGUGGGCUGCGACGUCAUGCUGGAGCCAGGCGAAUACGCUGUGCUCUGCUGUGCCUUCAACCACUGGCACAGCUCCGUCACCGAGGGCGCAGUGAGCUGCGGCAAAUCGGAGGCGCCUGGUUACGUGCUGGCGGUCUACAGCUCCAGACUGGUGAUGGCCGAGCAAGUGACGGCCUCCAGCACCACCAUCGCCGACGCCGUCAUCCAGCUGGCAGAAACCAAAGGCGAGCGACACGAGGGUCGGGAGGGGAUGACCUGUUACUACCUGACCCAUGGCUGGGCGGGGCUUAUCGUCAUGGUGGAGAACAGGCACCCCAGACAUCACCUGCACGUGUCGUGCGACUGCAGCGACAGCUUCAACGUGGUGUCGACGCGCAGCAGCCUCAAAACCAUUGACAGCAUCCCUCCUCUGCACAGACAGGUGCUCGUGGUUUUGUCUCAGCUGGAGGGAAAUGCCGGUUUCUCCAUCACGCACAAGCUGGCCCACCGUAAGGCUGUCCAGGCUUCUCUGGGGAACUGGAGUCCCUCGAAGGCGACGCACAGUCCGGCCCUGAGCCCCGAGACCGCAGGUCUGCAUCAGCCUCGUCCGCUAUGACGAACUGGGAGGAAGCGGACUCACCUGACGGGGACUCACCUGUCUGCUGGUUUGAGAGAGAACAGGGUUAUUCCACAUGAACACUGGACUGAGUCCACAGAACUCACUGAGUGAGCGCACGUUUCUUAGAGUCAGGGCUGCUCUUGACACAGGCAUGUACCGUUAGCAGUUAUAAUAAAGUAUGAGGUCAGAGGUCAGACACCUUUUUCCUCCAUAAAUAGAAGUUUGACCAUUUAAACCAAACACACAAGAUUUUUUUUCCAUCUAAUUAAGAUUAAGUUUAUUUUCUAAGAGCUGCAGAAGGACCAGAGUUCACGCGACAGUCAGCGUCACAGAUUUACACUUUGGUGUGUUCACACUGGAGUUUUUACACGCCGUGAUACAAAGAUCAGAUUUGACGACACAAAUGGAGAAAAUCUGCUUCUUCCUGCAGGGAUGUGACGGCGGGUCCUCCUGA